CGUCAGCAAGAGCGACGGAAGCGGAUUGAAAGCCGUACUUUACUUCGUGUGACGCGACACACUGUACUACAAUACUUGACUCAUGGAACGCAUGUUGCCUGGCUGAUAGAUUGAUGUGCUCGUCCGAGGCGGCGUAGGUUGUGGUUUAAGAACAAAAUCUUCGAUAAAAAUGAGAGUAAAAGAGGAGGACAACACUUCUUUUAAUGUAGUGAAAUAUGAAAUGAAGGAGAUGUAUCGGGCUGCCCAGAUACCCCUAGAGAAAGAAUAUAAAUGUGAAGAGGGGGGUAGCAAAAGAAGGGGAGAAUACAACACUAAAAGCUGACCUUCAUUCUGUGAAUACCAUGGAGAACAGAAACCUAGACAUUAAGGAAGAGGACUUUGAAUGGGAAUUUGUCAACUUUAAAGAAGACUCUGAGCAAAUACCUGACAGCACUGCCAUGCAGAAAUAUGUAGUCCUAGACAGAAUCAAAGAAGAGGACAUUAAGUUAGAGCCAGAGUUGUGUCCUGAUAUGCCGGUAUCUGGAAUGUCCUCCACCACAAAUGGAUCCUGCCCCCUACAGGCUCAUUCUAUGUAUGUGAAGUCUGAGUCAUCGGAGUUUGAUAUAAGUGAGAAUGCAACAUGUUCAAGUCAUUCUGGAAAAGAUUUACAAGACAGUGCCAUUUCUUCAUUUUCUCAGACGGCUCCUCAGAAACAACAUGAUGAAAAUAUGAAGAAACUGACAUUUGAUUCGGAUAGUGUGAUACCAGCCCCUUUUAACUAUAUUUCUGUGCAUGUUGUGGAUUUAGUCAAGAGCAAUGCCUUCAACACCAACCCACAGGUGCAAAAUCAAGUUGCUUUGCAUAUCUACCAAGCAUCUGGCAAAAGCAUGGACAGUAAAUUGAAUUGUAAUGAUAAUCAGCAGAGCCACAUGAGACUGAAUCCUUAUUGCUGUUCUGAGUGUAACAAAGAGUUCUCCAACCCAAGAAGUCUUCGUAAUCACAAACUAAUUCACAUAGGAAAGAAACCUCAUUGCUGUUCUGAAUGUGGCAAACAAUUUUCCCAAAAAAGUUAUCUUCAGAGGCACACAAGAAUUCACACAGGAGAAAUACCCUAUAGCUGUUCCGAGUGUGGCAAACGAUUCUUCAGCAUUCGCGAACUUCAAAUUCACAUGAGGAUUCACACUGGAGAGAAACCACACCGCUGUCCCGAGUGUGGCAAACAUUUCUCACAAAUGAUCAACCUAAAGAGACACUCAAGAAUUCAUAGCGGUGAAAAGCCCCAUUGCUGUUCUCAGUGUGAUAAAAGAUUCUCGUUUGUCAGCAGUCUUAACAACCACGUAAGAAUUCACACUGGGGAGAAGCCUUAUUGUUGUUAUGAAUGUGGCAGAAGGUUUUCACAAAUUGGCAAUCUUAAGAAGCACACAAUGAUUCACACUGGGGAGAAGCCGUUUGCCUGUUCUGAAUGUGGAAAACAAUUCUCUGGCAAUGACAGUCUUCAGAAACACACAAAAAUCCAUGCUGGAGCUAUGACAGCAAAUUAAGAGACUGAAAACAUUAAGAGUUCAAUAACAAAAUACAUUGAGUGAGACACACUCUCCUGUGUGCCUUCUACACACA